UUUUUUUUUUUUUUUUUCUUUUUGAUACAGGAACCUCCAGAAUUCUCAAACGCAGCGUACUGAUACUUAGCAUCUCCAUGACAACGACGGCGUCCCCUCCCCUUUAUCUCAUCAUACAUGCCUACAUACCCUCUAACCUCCUCCAAACCCAGUGGACUAAUAUUGCCGAAAUCGCAUACUCAAUAUGGGCCAUGCCCAUAUGUGCUGCGCUUCUUUUCCCUCCCCCCGCGGGGAAAAAAUCAGCAAUAUCCCGUUCGUCAACCAAGCAUUCAAGUCAUGUGCACCUGAGACCAGACAUGCGAUUUUUCAAUUCCCAAGGCGGAACUUCUAUUGUACGUGCCCGCGGCAGGAAUAAAUUAUUAUUUAUCCUCAACAUAAUGUACAGGUACAGGUACAUACGUACAUAUACAUAUACCUGUACCUAGCGGAAAAGGGGGCGGCACACUUCAAAUAUGUACUGACUGGCCCUUUAGAUACUUCGGUA